CCGAUAGCAAGGGAGAGAUUCUCCCGCGUAGCCGCCUCGCCUGUGACUGGGGAGACCGCGUACGCCUUCCUACAGAAGAAGGGAUGGAAGGGAGGGAAAAGUUUAUGCCGUUGGUGGGGAAUACCCGGAUAUAGAGAAGCGAAGAAUGUCCGAUGUGUUGUUGAUUUGAAAUCGUGGUGGAGCCUAUAGUACCGAUGGUACAACCCCUUUCCACUCCACCGGUUUCGUGCAGACACUGAUAGAGUAUAUAGAGGGAACCCAUCUCUGGUAUACGACUCUCCAUGAAAAUUCUCAGAUACUUACCUCAAGCACACUUGUUCUCAUCUCUCAGAGACUACACAUUACAACCUCACUCGUUAUACCCAAACCCUCUUCUCUAGAUAGAGCCGUUAAAAACUCCCAGUCAACAACCCCUGGAACCACGAAGAAACACUAUCCACAAUGGCCGCCGCUGCUGAGUCCCGGCUCUUCCAGCCACUCAAACUCACCCCCAGAAUCACCCUUGCCCACCGUCUUGCCAUGGCCCCCCUGACCCGUUUCCGCUCUGACGACGAGCACGUCCCCAUCGUCCCGCUCAUGGCCACCUACUACUCGCAACGUGCCUCCGUCCCGGGCACCCUGCUCGUCACUGAAGCAACCUUCAUCUCCCCCGCGGCAGGCGGCUACGCCAACGUCCCGGGUAUUUACAACGCCGCGCAGAUCGCCGCCUGGAAGAAGAUCACCGACGCCGUGCACGCCAAAGGCAGCUUCAUUUUUUGUCAGUUGUGGUCGCUCGGGCGGGCUGCUAACCCCGAGGUGCUGGCUAAGGAGGGGGGGUUCAAGCUCAAGAGCUCGAGUGCCGUGCCCAUGGAGGAAGGGGCUCCAGUGCCCGAGGAGAUGACGGUGGCCGAGGUCAGGGAGCGGGUGGCAGAGUAUGCGGCCGCGGCGAAGAACGCAAUUGAGGCUGGGUUCGAUGGCGUCGAAAUCCAUGGCGCGAACGGGUACCUGAUUGAUCAGUUCCUUCAGGACAGGUGCAACCAGCGGACGGAUGAAUACGGUGGCAGCGUAGAGAAUCGGUCGCGGUUCGCGCUCGAGGUGGUCAAGGCUGUGGUGGAGGCUGUUGGCGCCGAGAGGACGGGCAUCCGGCUCAGUCCGUUCAGCACGUUCCAGGGGAUGAAGAUGAAGGAUCCGGUGCCGCAGUUUGAGGAUGUGAUUCGGAAGAUCAGCGGGUUUGGACUGGCGUACCUGCAUCUUACACAAUCGCGAGUUGCCGGGAAUGUGGAUGUUCAGUUCGGGGAGGAUGAGGAGAGCUUGGCUUUUGCGGCGAAGCUGUGGGAUCGGCCGUUACUGAUCGCCGGCGGGCUUACGGCCGAGACGGCGAAGCAUUUGGUUGAGCACGAGUUCAGGGAGAAGGACGUGGUUGCUACGUUCGGGCGACACUUCAUCUCGACACCGGACCUGGCGUUUAGGAUCAAGGAGGGCAUCGAGUUGAACCAGUAUAACAGGGAUACGUUCUAUCUGGCCAAGUCGCCGGUUGGGUAUAUCGACCAGCCGUUCAGCAAGGAGUUCGAGUCGUUGUACGGGGCACAGGCGUUGAACUAGAGCAGGACAUAUCGACGACAGGGCGGAUAUAGACUAGGUAUUUAAGGUGGAGGUGGCCUGGCUGAACAGGAAGGAAUCGAGCGAUAUAGAAUUCCCUGUUUGUCGAUCGCUUGGCUUUUUGGCUCCGUGUCAGGUAUAUUACCCUUCCAUUGUGCCCGAACGGCCGCCAUAUUAGGAGUCCAGUCUUUCUUAUCCAAUGGCGAUUUCCCUCCCAGAUAGAAGGAAAUGUUGCCUCUGUGUACAUCUAUGCAUUCAAGCAUCUCCGUUCUGUAUGCUAUCCAUUUCUGGGUACUUUAGCUUGUCGAAGAAGUGGUGGAAUUAUACGGAAGUCACGACCGAAGUGUCCGCGGAGCACCGAAGAGCAAAGUGGGGUAAGGAAAGAGCCACUCGACUACAUUAACUCCUACCUUUGGUGAAAAUCGGAAAGGGC